AUGGUCCCUUCAAGCAAUAUGAUUUUUAAAGUCUUCAACGCCAUCAACUUGCUCCAAAAGCCAACGGAGGAAUUGUUUGAAGCACUAACACCCAGACCAAGUUGCAUAAUCUCUGACUUUUGCAUUUCUUGGACCGCUAAAGUAGUUGAAAAGUAUCAUAUUCCAAGGAUUUCGUUCAACGUAUUUUCUUGCUUCUCCCUCCACUGCGUGCACAUGGAUGGUACAGACAUCAAAGUUACCAAAGAGCUGAAACCUCUAAUGAUCCCAAAAGCAAAUGAAGAAGAAAUCAAUGACCUUAAGGAGCAGAUGCGUGAUGCUGAAAUGAAGUCUUACGGGGUAAUCAUAAAUACUAUUGAAGAGUUGGAGAAAGCAUAUGCUCAAAGAGGCAAAGAUGCCUCGAUUAAUGAACACCAUUGCUCGAAGUGGCUAGAUUUGCAGCAACCCAAGUCUGUAGUCUAUGUUUGUUUUGGAAGCUUAUGCAACUUGAUUCCUGCACAACUUGUGGAGAUGGCCUUGGCCUUGGAAGAUACUAAACGACCAUUUAUAUGGGUUAUUAAGGAGGGAAGUGAAUCCAGGCGUUCGAAAAGUGGAUUUGUGAACAAGGGUUUGAGGAAAGGACCAAAGGGAGAAGCAUUAUAA